UUUGUCACUCAUUCUUUGAACAGUGUGCAGGCGCUGAUCUUCUGCCGCCACUACAUCGAUAAUACACUAGAAAUACUACCAAUUUGCCAUACAAAAAAUAAAUAGCUAGCAAUAUGGAAAUGUAUUGUUUUUGAAAAUAUCAAGAACAACCACAUAUUGCAGGGUCCACAAUCUUUAUUAAGCCAUUUGCGUGGUCUAAUCAAGGAGUUGCAAUGAUCCACGCGAAGGAUAUCAUUUUAGCCUUCCUUCUCGUGGGCUCUACAGUUUGUCUGGAAGUGGAGAUCACCCCCACCCAGGGUGAGAUCAGUGUCGGAGAGUCCAAGUUCUUUCUGUGUGAAGUUGUUGGGGUAGCAAAGGAGAUUGACUGGUAUUCGCCGAGCGGAGAGAGGAUAGAGCCCAACAAACCAGAGAUCACCGUAACCCGAAACGACGAGUCCUCGUCCACCCUCACGCUCUACAAGGCCGGGGUGGACAGCGCUGGAACCUACAAGUGUCUGGCCACCAACGGAGACCAGUCAGCGGAGGCCACCGUCAACGUCAAGUUCUACCAAAGGAUCACUUUCAAGAACGCCCCCUCCCCCCAAGAGUUCAAUGAAGGGGACAACGCCAAAAUCGUGUGUGACGUCAUCAGCUCCCCUCCCCCCACCAUCAUCUGGAAACACAAAGGAGUGAAGAUUCAGAUGGAGAAGGAUGUCCGCUUUAAGAUCCUGCCCAACAGCCACCUGCAGAUCCGAGGCAUCAAGAAGACAGACGAGGGGUCGUACACCUGCGAGGGCCGCCUCAUGGCCCGGGGAGAGAUCGACCUCAAGAUCAUCAGGGUCAUCGUCAACGUGCUCCCUACCAUCCGGGUGUGGCAGUCGGAGGUGAAUGCCACAGCAGGCGUGGGCCAGUCUGCCAUGUUGACCUGUGCAGCUGAUGGAUACCCAGAGCCAAUGGUGACCUGGGCACGGGCCGGUGUUCUUCAGGAAUCAGGAGAGAAGUACAGCUUUAAUGAGGACGGUUCAGAGAUGACCAUCAUGGAGGUGGCCAAGCUGGAUGAGGGAGAGUACACCUGCAUCGCUAAGAACAAGGCUGGGGAGAGCGAACAGGAACUCAGCCUCAGGGUGUUUGUGAAACCUAAGAUCACCUUCCUGCUGAACCAGAGCACGUCUGAGAUGGAGGAGCAGGUGACUCUGACCUGUGAGGCGUCAGGGGACCCCACCCCCACCAUCAACUGGAGCUUCGGCCUGCGCACCUUCACUGAGGGAGAGCAGGCACAUCUAAACAGGAUCUAUCAGGCCUCUUGGACUCGGCCCGAGCAACACAAGAGUCUGGAUGGGAACGUCGUAGUGAGGAGUGAUGCUCGUGUGUCCUCCCUCACGCUGAAGUACACCAAGUUCACCGACGCUGGCCAGUACCUCUGCUCUGCACGCAACGCCAUCGGAGUGGAUUCUCAACCCGCCUACCUGGAAGUCCGCUAUGCCCCUAAGAUCCAGGGCUCAGUGACAGUGUAUACCUGGGAGGGGAAUGCAGCUAACAUCAGCUGUGAGGUCCAGGCCCACCCCAGUGACGUGUCCAUGCUGUGGCUGAGGGACGGGUUUCAGCUUCCCAACGCUAACGUCACCAAAGCCAAGGUUUUCCAGAGCCCCACAGCCAGCUACCUGGAGGUCACCCCAGAGUCUGAGAAUGACUUUGGGAGCUACAACUGUACUGCUUCCAAUGAGAUGGGCACAGAAUCCAAGGAGUUCCUCCUCAUUCAGGCUGAUGUCCCAUCAGCCCCGUCCCUCGGGGAGGUGGAGCCGUUCUCCAGCUCAGCCAGGGUGGAGUUCCAGGAGCCUGACGCCACCGGGGGUGUACCCGUCCUCAGGUACCGGGCCGAAUGGAAGACUGUGGGCAGGGGCAGCUGGGUGCAGAGAGUCUAUGAGGUCCAAGGAGGAGCUCUGAGUGAAGUUACCAUCAUAGGCCUGAAGCCUGAGACCAACUAUGAGGUGAAGAUGUCAGCCAUCAACGGCAAGGGAGAGGGUGAAACUAGCCCUGCUCUGGUCUUCAAGACAGAGCCUGUCCGUUAUUCUUACGCAAAUGGCAUUUUUCAUUUUUUCACUGAGGACUCAGAAGGGGAACCUGAACCGCCUAAGCUGGAGGGAACACUCCAAACCAAAGGCAACUCCCUCAAAGUCAACUGGAUCAAGCAGGACGAUGGAGGCUCACCCAUCACACACUACCUAGUCCGCUAUAAACCAAAGCGUCAGACCGACUGGAAGCCAGAGAUCCGGCUGCCCAGUGGCAGUGAGUAUGUGGUUCUGAGCGGACUGGAGUGGAACACAGAGUACGAUGUGUUUGUGGUGGCAGAGAACCAGCAGGGGAAGUCCCAACCUGGAACCCUGACCUUCAGAACCUCUCCAGAACCGGCUGCCAUCCCAGAUAUAGACGGGGAGUCUGCCCUCUCCACGGGCAUCAUGGCAGGGAUCCUCAUCUUGGCCUUCGUCCUGCUGCUCCUGGCUGUCGACAUCACCUGCUACUUCACAAACAAGUGUGGCCUCAUCAUGUGUCUGUGUGGCAAGCCAGGCAGCGGGGCCAAGGGACACAACCUAGAACAGGGCAAGGCUGCAUUCAUAAAGGAUGAGUCCAAAGAGCCGAUAGUGGAGGUGAGGACAGAGGAUGAGUGCACAGCCAAUCACAAUGCAGGAGGACCCACAGAACCCAAUGAGACCACACCCCUUACAGAGCCAGAGAAGAUAUUUGGAGAUGAGAAGAGUAAAGCGGAGGAGGUGAAGACAGCCCUGUCAGAGGUGACCACAGAACACAACGAUGCCACACAGACAAACGCGAGCGACAGCAAGGCAUGAUUGGACAGCCUCAGCCCAGCCAAGAUGGCGGCGGCAGCAACACUCAUUACAGUCUGCAGCAGUUUUUCUUUCCAGUGCCCUUUCUGCAUUUCCAGAACAACAACAUGUGUUUGUGCAAUAGAGUCCAUUAGAGCACAAUCUGAUUGUGCAAAAAAAUUAUUCUCACGUAUGAUUUGUUUUGCUACACCCAUGGAACACUAAAGAAUACCAUGUGAGUGAUCUCAAGUGGUAUAGGAGACUAAAUUACUCAGUUAUAAUUGUUUUCAGUGCGGUUGCAGAUAAACAAUGGAUUAUUCAGGAACAUAACACUGAGUGUACAAAACAUUAGGAACACCAUCCUAAUAUUGAGUUGCACCCCCUUUUGCCAUCAGAACAGCCUCAGUUCUUCGAGGCAUGGACUUCACAAGGUGUCGAAAGAAUUCCACAGGGAUGCUGGCCCAUGCUGACUCCAAUGCUUCCCACAGUUAUGUCAAGUUGGCUGGAUGUCCUUUGGGUGGUGGAGCAUUCUUAAUACACACGGGAAACUGUUGAGUGUGAAAAACCCAGCAGCAUUGCAGUUCUUGACACACUCAAACCAGUGUGCCUGGUACCUACUACCAUACCCUGUUCAAAUGCACUUAAAUAUUUUGUCCUCCCCAUUCACUCUCUGAAUGGCACACACACACAAUCCAUGUCUCAAUUGUCUCAAGACUUAAAAAUCCUUAUUUAACCUGUCUCCUCCCCUUCAUCUACACUGAUUGAAGUGGAUUUAACAAGUGACAUCAAUAAGGGAUCAUAGCUUUCACCUGGAUUCACCUGGUCAGUCUGUCAUGGAAAGAGCAGGUGUUCCUAAUGUUUUGUACACUCAAUGCAUAAUAUAUAUAUAUAUAUGAAGAGAUUGACUAUAUAGACAUUAUUUUAUUAUUUCCAUGUUACAUUGUUCAAAUGUUUGAGGGCUAGUCUCAUCGAAUAGUUUGUUUGCAUGUCUGAUUUGCAAAUGGUUGUUAAUGUUUUGUUUGAAACAUUUGACUGUUUUACUCUUUAUGUCUGUAUUAGGGUGGGUUAUCAUACAGAUUGCUUUCGUGUUUCAAACAGAAGUUCAUUGACGGAGAGUGACCAGCUACUGUAGCAGCCCACAGUGCUGGGAAUGCUCGGGUUUCAGAGAAAGUCAUAUUAUCAUAGACAUGUAUCAGGAGUUAUCAUAUGAGGUGUCUGCAACUCACCGUACCUGGGGGUUCAUAAAAUGAAAACUAUAUUGCGCUAAAUGGAGAAGUGUGUAUUGAGCAGCUAAUAUUGUACCGGUAUUCACAAUGGAACACAAGAUAGAACAAAGUGCAACAGAUCCAAUGGUUCUCACAGAGAAAGGUUGUAGAGAAGAACUUUAAGUGAUCUAAGUGAAUGUCUCAUCAUGACCCAAGCUUCACCACCUCCCUGUUUUAACAUCAACUAUGAUGAGUAUCUUAUCAUAUUCACAAGAAAACAAAUAAAAUGCCUGACUUUUAUUGUUUAAAAUCGUGUUUUUGAAGCAAAAAUCUUUAAAAGCAUUUUUGUACUCUCUAAAUGGAAAGGUUUCUUUUCCACUCCUGACUGCGAGCUUGUGCACUGUGACUGUGUCAGUGGAUUGUCUUGUCGUCACUUUCAAUAAUAUCUGCAUAGCUUUGUCAUGAAAGGUUUACCUGUAUAUUCUUUUCAAAAUGGUAUCUAUAAAAACAGUACAGCAAAUUACUUCAUGUGGUCAUUGUGACACAUACAGUAUAUAUACAGUUGUUGAUCUCUCCCCGUCACACAGCGGUCUACUGUGGCCUGUAACACAGCCGGUGGAGAUAUGUUGAGUUUUUGGCAUGAUGAAUUCAAACUGUACUUUAUAAAAUAUGUGUAACAGAAACCCAAAUAGACAUACCUAUAUUUAUUUAGGCAAUGUGAGUUUCAUAUUGAGUUAUGAGAGGGAAUUAUCAGAAUGAGGUCUGUUCAGGCCUAUAAAACGCUUUAUUUUAGUCCCCAGUUGUUGUUCAAGUGUUCUGUAAUGUUGUCUUUGAAUUGAUUUAGUUUUUGUACAAUAGCAGGCAUCAUGAGCUUGUUGCCUGUUGAGUUUAUAAUGUCAGAGACAGAGGGCAGGUUGGUAAUCUGACAACAGAAGAAAACAACACUCCAAAAUGUUAAUAUGUUGUACUGCCACUUUCAUGUAAACAAUCAUUCCCCUCAGUAUUUCAGUGGCAUAGAACAGUCAUGCCAGAACCUGUACAAUACAACCCUCUGCUGUUGUCAUCCUCCCACCCUGUCCCUUGUCUCUGGAGCCUCUUGUUCUUAUUGGGUCAAACCCAGUGGACCGUUCUGUUCUCAGCGGUGUACAGUCUGAGUACUAACCCAUUUACAAAAUAAAACAAGGUUUUGGAACCUCA